UGUCGUCGAAGAUUUUUCAACAUCUUCGUCUAUCAAGCCGCUUAAUAGGAUCAAUGGCUAGCUCUAAUGUAACAGUUUCUAGUGGCUCAGAUGUGGAGAACAAGGAAUCAACAAACAAAGACAUCACCAUCACUGUCAAUGAGAAGAUUGACAUCUCAGCUAUCAGUGGAGUUCCUGAAGAACACAUCAAAACACGGACAGUGAGAAUUUUUGUCCCAGCUCGCAAUGCCAUGCAGUCUGGCAGCUAUAACACACGCAGGUGGCGCAUGGAGUUUGAUGAAAGAGAAAGAUGGGAUAAUCCUUUGAUGGGAUGGAUCUCUACAGGGGACCCUUUGUCAAACACUGAAGUCAACUUCUGCAGCAAAGAAGAUGCCAUCGCCUUUUGUGAGAAAAAUGGCUGGAGUUGGUUUGUAGAAGAGGAAAAGAAGAAAACCAAACAGCCCAAGUAG